UAAUUUAAUUUGGAUAUCAAUUAAUGCAAGGUUGGUUUAAAUUGGAUCUGUAUUUUUUUUACUGUUGUUGAGUUACAUUUAUAACAUUAAAAGCACAUCUCAUACAUACUUUUUAGCUAGAUUUUUGCACAACUUUAUUAGAAGUAUAAAGUUCUUGUUUUGCAAAUUGUAUAAGAUCACCAAAAGCAGAGCACGGUCUAGCUAAAGCCAAUAUCACAAUUACAGCCAAAAUGGAAACCAAAAUCCCCAAGUCAAUGAUAGCCGGAGUACAGAGCGUCAUGCCGGUGGAAGUGACGCAACACCGUAAAGUUCGUUUCAUAUCUGUUGGAGAUGCCGUCGGAGCUGGAAUAUUCCGGCGAACACUGAACAUAGUUACGUAUUACAAGGAAGCAAGUGAUGUUAGUGGCGAGAAAGCGUGGUUAGUCGCCGGGUGGAUCAAGGAGUCGUUAGGGAGAGCCUUGGCGGAGCAACCGAUGCUCUCCGGUAGGCUACGGAGGAGGAAGACGGCGCCUGAGGAUGGUUUUGAGGUCGUGCCCAAUGACAGUGGCGUUAGGCUGUUGGAGGCUCAGUUUCCGGCGAGUUUGCCGGAGUUUCUUGAAAUGGUGAAAAGAGACAAAAGCAGAGCUGAAGCAGAGACUGUCUUUUGGAAAGACAUUGAUGAAGAUGAACCUCAGUACUCUCCAUUGUUCUAUGUUCAGGUGACUAAUUUUGAGAGUGGUGGGUAUUCAGUUGGGAUAAGCUGUAGCAUCCUGUUAGCCGAUCUCCUCCUUGAGACAGAUUUCUUGACCAAAUGGGUUCAAAUCCAAAGCUCUUUAGCUCAUUCCCAUACCAAAGCUGUCAAACCAAUCUUUUACCUCCCUUCUCUCAAACAAAACUUUAAGAAGUUCCUCACUGAAUUUACGAGGUCAGCCUCGGUUCUCGACCGCGGUGAACCCGUUGUUCUUCGGGCCAAAACAUGCCUGAAAAUGUCACCAGCAUGCAUCGUGGCCCGCAAAAAAACGAGUGCGGAUGUUUUCUUGUUCGUCAAGGAACUAGGUUCUGGCGAAGAUAGUGAUGGUAUGAAGGUAGAGAUACAUUCGUCUAAAGAUGAAGCUAUUAGCGAUUGCGAUUGCGGUGGCGAUUUGGAGGAGACAGAUGAUAGAGUAAUUAAUAAGGAUUUAGCGUUUGGGGAAAGACUUGAAGCUAGGUCAUGUUGGGUUGGGUCUGUCUCAAAAGGGGUUGUGUUUGCUGUGCCAUCUGCUUUUGGAGAUGCCAAGUCGCUUGCCAAAAUUAUUGUUGCACUACCAAAAGAGUAACUCAUUAAUAUCAGUGACAAUGAAUUGUUUUACGUUUAUCAUAAUGUUUUGCCGACUGCGUAAUGUUAUCAAUGAAACAACUGCGGAAGGCUAACUUUGAUUCUUAUACCGUGUGUCGGUGUGUGUGUGUGUGUCCGUAAUACAAAAUAUCUUAUAAUCUUAAUUAGCUGCUUGAUGA